AUGACAGACGACGAGCCCUGCUGCCGCAUUUGCUUUGACACGGCCGACUCCUCCGCCAACCCGCUUUUCCGGCCCUGCCACUGUGCGGGCACUUCCGCUUGGGUGCACGUAGAGUGCCUCGACACGUGGAGGCGGACGAGCGUCAACAAGCGCUCCUUCUACGAGUGCGACGCCUGCAAAUUCAAGUACAAGUUUGGCGCGCGCGUCGGCGACCAGAUUUUCGUUGCGAGGCUGCUGUCGACUGCGGGCGCCAUCCAUGCCCUCGCCCUCUGCCUCGGGUCGCUGAUUGGGUGGGCCUCUUCGGCGCUCGGGCUGACGGGGAUGCACCACGCGCGCUUCGUCGUCGGAGACUGGUUCGGCCCCGGCACCCUUCGUGGCGCGGACCGCGACAACGCCUUUGGCCACGUGGUCGCUCUGGUCGCCAUCGCGGCUGGGCUCUGCAUCGCCUUCUACUGGAUCUACUCGAGCCUCGAGGCGUGGGCGAGGCGGACGGCGCGGCACGCGCAGCACAUCGUGCUCGACUUCCAGCCAGUUGACUGA